AGGACCUGGCAGGUCUACCUCAGCGGCGAGAUCCACAGCGACUGGCGCGAGGUCAUCGCCGCCGGCGUCGCGGACCGCGAGCUGCCCGUCGAGCUCGCGGCGCCCAUCACGUCCCACGAGGACAGCGACGACUGCGGCGCCGUCAUCCUCGGCGACGAGGCCUCGCGGCCCAACUACGACGGCAAGGGCGCGCGGCUCAACCUCAUCCGCGCGCGGACGGGGCGGCAAGCGCGCGCGACACGCACGCGGACGCUCAUCGACGCGGCGGACGUCGUCGUCGUCCGCUUCGGCGACAAGUACCGCCAGUGGAACGCGGCCUUCGACGCGGGCUACGCGACGGCCCGGGGCAAGGCCCUCGUGACGCUCCACCCGCCGGGCGUGAGCCACAUGCUCAAGGAGGCCGGCGGCCGUGCGCCGGAAGCGACCGGACCUUCGGAC